UUGUAUAAAGUGAGAUGGUUGGGAUUUGACGAAGCAGAUGAUACGUGGGAACCGUACGAGAAUUUGGCUGAAGAUUGCGAUCGAUUGAUAGAAACGUUCUAUUUGAAUAGCGAAGGAGAGGAGGGCAAUUUGAACGAGAAUCAGAUCGAUGAUGAAUUUGCUGAGGAGUUGAUUGAAGGCGGAGGUAGUCAUGAGGAACUGGGUGAGGGGUUUAUGGACAGUUUGAUUCAAUCAGAGGUGGACGGUACGAUCGUUGUGGCACGAGGACAGUUGCAACAAGAAGAUGGAAUCAGUUAUGAGGUAGUUUUGUGGAUUUGUGAUUCGUUUAUUUAUUGGUUAUUGGUGGUAUUUGUUUGUAUUGGUCAGUGA